GCGAGUGCGCGAGGUGACAGCGGCCGGACCCGGCGGUGGGACGGUGAGCCCAACCCGGGGGACCGGCCCGCUCCCCAGUGCAGUCGCGAUGUCGGUGGCGGGGCUGAAGAAGCAGUUCCACAAAGCUAGCCAGUUGUUUAGUGAAAAAAUUAGUGGUGCCGAAGGAACGAAGCUCGAUGAUGAAUUUCUGGACAUGGAAAGGAAAAUAGAUGUUACCAAUAAAGCAGUUGCAGAAAUCCUUUCAAAGGCCACUGAAUACCUCCAGCCAAAUCCAGCAUACAGAGCUAAGCUAGGAAUGCUGAACACUGUGUCGAAGAUCCGAGGGCAGGUGAAGACCACAGGCUACCCGCAGACGGAGGGGCUGCUGGGAGACUGCAUGCUGAAGUACGGCAAGGAGCUCGGGGAGGACUCCACCUUCGUUGAAAUUCCCAAGAGUAGAAUUGCUGGCUCAAGACACCACCUGAAAAAGCUGGAGGGCCGCCGCCUGGAUUACGAUUAUAAAAAGAAGCGAGUAGGUAAGAUUCCAGACGAAGAAGUCAGACAAGCAGUAGAAAAGUUUGAAGAGUCAAAGGAGUUGGCUGAAAGAAGCAUGUUUAAUUUUUUAGAAAAUGAUGUAGAGCAAGUCACCCAGCUGGCUGUGUUUGUGGAAGCCGCACUAGACUAUCACAAGCAGUCCACAGAGAUCCUACAGGAUCUACAGAGCAAGCUGCAGAUGCGGAUAUCAGCGGCGUCCAAUGUCCCCAGACGAGAAUACAAGCCCCGGCCGGUGAAGAGGAGUCCGAGUGAGCUCAAUGGGGUUUCCACCACCUCUGCUGCAAGGACGACAGGUUCUAACAUUCCCAUGGACCAGCCCUGCUGUCGCGGUCUGUAUGACUUCGAUCCAGAAAACCAAGGAGAAUUAGGAUUUAAAGAAGGGGACAUCAUUACAUUAACCAACCAAAUAGAUGAAAACUGGUAUGAAGGAAUUAUACAUGGGGAAUCUGGAUUCUUCCCCAUCAAUUACGUGGAAGUGAUUGUGCCUUUACCUCAGUAAACAUGAAACUCAAACUUGGGACACAGUUUCUUGACUGAAUGAGUUCACACCAAUGUUCUCGCCGUGUGGUGUGGUGUUCUGUGGCCUCUGUGCGCUCUGAGCAACUUAAUGACUUUUAUAU